GGAGGUAUAAAAUGUCUCGUGGCUCGGAAAUUUAGUUAGUUUUCUUCUCUUCACUUUAAGAUGAACACACACAUUUCAAGAACCACGAGGCAAUGGCAAAACAUUCUGGCCAUCACACUUUUAGCCUCCCUCUACCUUACCACAGCCCUCCCCAGCCCCCAGUCAGCCACCAGGGGACGCCCACACAUCCCCCUCACCCCUGCCAAGCCCCACACCCCUGAGGCAGCCCCUGGAGUCACCCACGCAGGCCCAAACGCACCCCUGGGUUACCAAUCGUUGGGGGUCGCUGGCAAACAAAACGUGAAUUCAGGUUUUAAGGAAUUUGACGCUUUCUCAGCAUCAAACAGGGGUUCUCAUGGGGGUGGAGGUGUCCCAGGGGGUUAUCAGUCCUUCCCUGGGGGCCAUGGAGGAGCUGGAGGAGGCGGGGGAGGAGGAUUCGGUGGAGGAAAGCCAGGAGGACAUCCUUAUAAAUCUGGACCACAGGAUUUCAGUUACCCGAUUCAGCCACACACCUUCGGCUACUCAGUGCAGGACCCUUACUACGGCGACUCCCACCAGCACCAGGAAGUUUCAGAUGGGACUACAACUAAGGGACAGUAUAGAGUAGCGCUUCCCGAUGGUCGUACACAGAUUGUCACUUACUCAGCAGACUCUAAGACUGGUUUUAAUGCGCAGGUCACUUACGAGGGGGACGCUAAACCCUAUGUCCCUCCUGAGGCUCCCACGGGGGGUUAUGGAGCGCAGGGGGGUCAUGCAGGACAGGGGCAGAAGUAUAGUGGUGGUGGUGGUGGUGGUGGUGGUGGUGGUGGUGGUGGUUAUAGUGGUGGUGGUAAUGUUGGUGUGGGAUAUGUGAGGUAAGUGUGUGUGUGUGUGUGU